GUUGAUUUUUGGCGGACAUGGGACACCAUAUAUUACUCGUCCCAGGAUACUGAGUGAUCACACGGUGGGUGCCGCGAAUUGAUGAUAUUAGUAAAUUCGCUGGCUUUUGACAUUUUAUGCAUAUAGUAAAUCCGUCUUGGAGCUCAUGUUGGUUUUUGUGAUUGAAUUUGUCAGCAACUAGAGAACGCUUACUUUAUUCUGUGCUUUAUCGCGAAAGGAAGGGUUCAAUGUACAAACAACAUACAGCGCUGAAGAGAGAGCUAUUAUUGGGCAGAACAAGGUCUGAGCAAAAAAAAGCUAAGAAACUUAAGCCACAAGAUGAGAAAACUGGAAGAACCGCAGCCUCAAGACCCAUAUAUUGGAAGCAAGUUUCUGUAAAGCAUAGGGAGAAGUUUAAACAGCUUUUAAAAGUGUGGGAAAGUGAUCCUGAAUCGAUAACAAUGGUAAAUGAUAAUGUCGUAUGUUUCGCAGAAGAGUUCGCAAUAGGCUGGGGCAGCAGAAGCACAGAAGUGUAUAUUUGCUUGGGAACUGACGGAAUAGAACGAGCGAUAAAACGUUUGCCAAAACAUCUGUGUAAGAAAUUCUUGAAGAAUGAACGAGAUAUCUUGAAUUCUCCGAAUGCAGUCAAGUCGCCACGAAUUGUAAAUUAUUGUUCCUACGAUGAUACUUCCAACCCUGAUUUUGGUUAUUUGAUUGUAAGCUUAUGUGAACAGAAUCUGGAAGAAUUUAUUAAGGAGGAAGUCGAAAGAAUAACAGAAUCCUGUGCUAGAGAGAUGAUACGUCAAGUGUUGGAAGGGCUGAAAGCAUUACAUGCUAAAGAGCCUAGAAUUUUGCACAGAGACCUGAAGCCAACUAAUAUACUUGUUGAUGUGAAGGGUAAUUUACUGCUGUCUGAUUUUGGUAUUGCAUACAAAUUCCCAAAACAAGGUAUUUUCACAAGAUUUAUAUUAUUUAACAGAUCUUUCGAGGUAUACAAUAUGUAGUCUAGUUUCUUGACAGUAUCAGGACAGUUCAAUUUCAUCGCAAAAUGUUUCUUUGCAGACAAAAAUAAUAUUGAUUGCGAUACCGAGUUCGAUUUUAUCAUAGACGGAUUUUGUGGGGGGGUGCAGGGGGGUGCUACCCCCCCCCAAUAUUAGCUAUAACCCCCCCAAACAAAAUGUCCACCCCUCCAAAAAAAAUUUCAACCCCCCAAUAUAUUCGGCAUUAUAAAAAAUAAUUAAAUAGUCCACUCCAACGUGCAGAGUGUUGAUGAUACAAAAUAAACGUAGGAGUACACUCAAAUAGAAAAAGACAGUGCAAUACUCUGAAACUAAUUGCUCCUCACUUGCAUUCACUGGUUUAUUGGACCAAUUGUAAAGUUUUGAAACUCUAUUAUCUCCCCUGAAUAGAGUUUGCAGUGCCUUGUCAUGCAAAUAGCUUGCUUGCAAGGAACGUUUGGAAAUUUACGAACAUUAUUUUUAGUUUUUAAUUCUUUUAGGAAAUAGUCUUGCCUAGAUUUAAUCUUUACGUCCCAGAUAUUACUUACAUCGGAGUUGCAUCAUAAAUUGUACUCGGAUUCAAACGACACAAUGUCAAUGAUUUUAUAAAAGUAAAAGUACAUUGUGUAUUGGCCUAUUGGGUUUACACUUUUACAGGUUCAUUUAACUUUAACUCUCUCAAGUCUCGACAGACAAUUGGACAGGCCAAAUCCAUUGAUAUGACAACUUCAGGCUUUCUUGCCAUCCUACUUUUCCUACUUUUUCCUACUUUUCUUCAACUUUCGAUUCCUACUUUUCCUAUUUUUUAUUAAAAAUUGCUUGAUUUUCGUACUUUUUCCUACUUUUUCUCAUAAAAUCCUACUUUUUUAAGACAGCUUGGGGAAUCAGUAUGUUAUAGCUCUCGUAAUUAGAUCUAUAGGACUCGUAAUUUUUAUUCGCUAUUUGUGUCUCACAUGAUAAGAUCUCAGGAAGAAAAGAAGUACAUUUUCCUGGUAUAAAAUUUCAUAGCAUCUCUAGAAUCACAAUCAAUAAAUUAAUGAAGACUCUGAAAGUGCCAUUUCCGACAAUCUAGAGAUUCGAAAUAUUCAACUCCCCCCUCAGUUAAUCAAGCAUCAUAUAUACAGGGCCGUAGCAAUUUGCUAAUAAUCAUUUUUUUUUCAAAAUCAUGCAGACCUUUAUUAUUUAAUCCAUGACGAACUGUGAAGAAUGAAGAUAUUACCCAUAUACUUUCCUGCAACUUAUCCAAUAUAUAGUUAAUUAAAUACGCCUUCGCCCAUUUAGUACUACUAAAUUGUAAAUUUCGACAUACUAAAAUUCUGUUUUCUGACCAUUAGAAUUCUGUCAAAUCUUUCCCAAAGUCCAGGAAAUGGCAUUUCAGAGACUCUAAAUUUAAAAAUUUUCUCGGGCCUUUGGCCCUUGCUUUCAGCCAUAUAUAUGCUUUCAGGCCCCCCAACAAUCGAAAAGAGCUUCCUACGGCCCUGAUAUAUGCUUCUACCGCAGUGUGGAUUGGUGCAUUGUGUAACCCAAUACAUGCAUUUGAAUUGUGUUGCUGCAGAGCAAAUGCCUUAGCUUUUAUACCGAUGCAAUUUAAACGUUUUGAGAAAAAAUCCUGCAUAGAUGAAUGAGUACAUAAAAAUAUUGAGCACCAAAAAUUCACACAACUUCCCCCAUCAGAUAUCUAAUGGUCUACCCCUUACCACAUAUAUCCUAGGGGGCCAAUUUUGUAUAUUUUUGUGUUAUUUGCAUCUCCAAAACUCCUACUUUUGUCCUACUUUUCUACACAUUUUCCUACUUUAUUCCUACUUUUCCUAAAAUUCUAGUCCUACUUUUGUCCUACUUUUCUACACAAGGAUGCCAGAAAGCCUGCAACUUAAAAAAACGUUUUUUCGAAGCUAGAAAUCAUGAUUUUUUUUCAGGGAUACUUUGUUUUCUGCUCUCUAGACUCCCACUCGCAGCUCUAGUGCUCCACCCCUAGAAUAUAGACCUUACUGGGGUUUGGUGACACUUUGUGUUGCUUCAGUCACCUGCUCGUGGCUCACCCCCCUAAAAUUUCUGGCACCACCCCCUAAAAUUUCUGGCACCACCCAAGUAAAAAAUAUGAAAAUCCGUCUAUGGAUUUUAUACUGACGUGUAUCGUUCGAUCCUUGCACCCUUUUUUAAACGAUUUGCUUAACUUCACUUCUUGAUUGAAUAAGAAACUCAUAAACCAGUAAACUGGCCCUCCUUUCUUCGCGCCGCCCGUAACCCAGGAGGGCCUGCUCGCAGGCUAUGUACAAAAUGGCUUUAAAUUCACAGCAUAAUAAUAUUUUUUGCUGUUUAAUGGUUUUAAGGUUACAGGACACCCUUUUUGGCGUUUUGCGGAAAAUCGCGCUACUGCGCGCCCAAAAUCAUUCCGAUUUUCACCAAAUGUUCUCCAGUGCAUGCUAAAUAUGGUAAAGUUGUAAAAUUGACAAACAAUAAAAUAAUGUAAGAAUUAUUCAGGAAAAUCUUAAAUCGCGGUACUGUUACGCUUUUGAGUUAUGUUCCUGCUGGUUUUGAGAUAUAUUUAUGAAAAUAGCAUUUUUAUACAGUAAAAUAGUUGUUCUAAAAAAUUGUGUUCGGAAAUUUUUGUUUAUUUCGUCAUUCCGCUGAUAUGGCGAUUUCUUUCACGACUGCAAUAUAUUUCUGAAUUGUUCGAGUGAAUUGCUCUUUAUUUUUAAAAUAUCCAAAAUUAAAAAAAAGCCGAACACAAUUUUGAAACUGACGUAUUUAGCUAUGUCCUGUGAAAAUUUGAGAACAAUUGGUUAAAACCCGCAGGAGCACAACUCGUUUGAAAAUCCGUAAUUACCGUAAAUAACUCUGCGAGUUUUCAACAUUUUUCGUUCAAACUUGGUCAGAUAGUAGAACUAGUCUAAUGCUUUCACUGAAACCAAUAAAAACAUUUUAGGCAAAAUUAACACUCAAAGGUGUUCUGUAACCUUAACAUAAUAUAUUUGUUGUUUAAAUAUAUAUAUUUUAAGUUAAACAUGUUGACAUGAGAAAUCGGUCUUGUACCAGCCUGGAUUGAAACGCUCUCAUUUAUUGUUCACACGAGUCACAAACGUAUACCAUAAAGUUUUUUUCAAUUUCUGUCAACUAAAGCAAAUUAUUUGAAACUUUGAUAACUUGGUUCUUUUAGUUGGACACUACUUCCAAAAAAUUUAGAAAAAUAUUAGCAUUCGUUUUCAAGAAAAAUCACCCUCAAGUAUGGUCACGCAAGUCACGUUUAACACCUGACGUGCAAAAAAUUAUGUUUUUACCAAAAUUAUUAUGAAACUAUUAUUUUAGGAAACCCUUCAUUCCAGUUGAUUUAACACUUGAAAAUAUUUUCCUGUGCAGUAAUUGCCUAUUUUUGAUUGAAGAUCGAAGAUCUUCUACCAGCCAGAUAACCAAGCCUGCAAAAAUAAUGGGUUUCUAAAUUAAACUAAUCCAGUUGUCCAAAACUAGAUGCAAAUGGUGUCAAUAAACAGCAAUAAAAAGACUUCUGGAAAUCCUAUGAUUUCCGUCUAGUUGAAAUGUAAUAGUAACAUGGCUUUUGUUCUACAAAGCUAGAGCUUUUUAAUAAGUUACCAGGAAAUUGAAUAAAAAUCCUAUAAGGUGAAACAUUUUUACUUGUGGCUGUCACACGAGUCACAAAAGUAUAUUCGAGGCCUCAAAUAAAAUUAUUAAAAUUCAAAAAUGUCAAUUUCAACACCUUCCCAGAGAGUUCCUAGUCCAAAGCAAGUUUGCCUAUUGCAAAAUCAGAAGUGGCCGAAAACGUCAUUUUUCUGAUCUUUAAAGUUAAGUUCCCUGUAAUUAAAUUCGUUUCAACACAAUAAAGCCAGUUUUCCACUUCAGCCGCAUUGUACCGAAACGUAGCGUAUUUCUUUGUUUCCAUUUCUUUGUUUCCUAACGACACAAAAGCACUGUGACCAACUGAGCUGCAAAGGCCAGUUGCCGAGCUCUAACCACAAGUUCAUGUUUGUAUACUAGGGUUCUGCCAUGUGUAGGUUAUGGGUAAAUGUCGAGAUUUUGUUGGCAUCUCACAUGGAAAUUAUUGAGUGGAAAUUUAUAUAUUUAACAAUUAUUCGCCGAAGGCGAGAUGAUUAUCGGGGAAUAUUCCCCGAUAAUCACCGAGCCUGAGGCGAAUAGUUGUUUUAGUAUUUUUGCACAAGUUUUUUGUGUUUUUCUUGUCUGAAUUCAUUUUAAUUUUGCUUAUUUCUUUAUCACUAACUUCAACAAAACGGCUAGCCGCCAUUUUGAAAAUUUCGAUUUGUAAUAUUCACCUGUAGGUGAAUAUAACAGAUUAGUACGUCAAAUUUGACCGAUCACAUUGUAGGAUGCGUUAUGUUCACUUGUGCAAGAAUACUAAGUAUAUUUAUUAGACUUAGUUGCUUAACUAAUAUGGACUGUGGGGGGAGCAAUCGCAAACCCCCCCCCCCUCCCCCCAGUGUCCAUCAUAUUCAGUGGCGCCGUGGGACCCAUGUUUUUGGGGGGGCCAAGGGCAGUACUUUCCCGACAAACCGGAAAAUAGUUUCCGACAGAAACGGAGCGAAAAUUUUUUUUAGCUGAAAUUUCUUGGGCGACCACCCCCCCCCGUCGCCAAAAAAAUUUCGGCUAUUUUAGGGGUCAAAAAAAUUUUUCGGACAUACCAAAAUUUUUCCGGACAUCGCCAAUUUUCUCCAUUUAUCCAAAAUUUUCCAAAUAUACCAACGACGGAAAAUUUGACAAUUUCCGACAACGUUGACAAUUUUCCGACGGGUCUCUACAAUAGGGGGGGGGCAGGCCCCCCCCCCCGGCCGUGGCGCCUCUGAUCAUAUUGCAUAAAGAGACAUAGGUCUUGUAGUUUGGUAUGGUUAAUUCAUUAAUGGGCGAAACUCUCCCUUUGACAAGUAAAGUACUUAUCUGAGACAGUCAAACAUAGUGAAAUAUUGUUAAAUGCGUCAACUUUACUUCUUGACAGGUGCAACAACAUACCUGACGAGUGACGAAGGUGAAACACACGGCUGGGUCCCGCAAGAAUGUAUUGACUGGGUUGGAUUGUAUUCUGAUAAGAUACGGAAACCUUCAGAUGCACCAAUACAUUUCAGGUGGAAAGAGAAAUCAGAUAUCCAAGUGGCAGGCAUGGUGGCAUUUUACAUCGUGACCAAAGGAAAGCAUCCGUUUGGUCCGAGAAUAGACCAACUGAAGAAUUUGCAUGAUGACAAUCCAGUGGGUUUAAGCAAGCUCAGUGAUCAUGUGGUCGAAGACCUGCUUUCUCAGAUGUUGGGUCGGGAUCUAGAUGAACGACCAUAUGUGGAGCAAGCCUUGAAGCAUCCUUUCUUUCUCUCUUUCGAAGAACAGAUGAAAUUUGUACAAGCUGUGGUUAACGAACCUAAAUUCAUCAAUUAUGCAUCUGAACAUCGAAUUUCUUUGUUACCAACCGAUUGGAAAAGAGUCUUUGGCCAUGAGGACCUCAACACAUUGUGUAGAGGAGGUCACCGCUCCCCGUCAGAGUAUAAUGGUAGCCGAUAUACUGAUUGUCUUCGAUUGAUAGGAAACACAUGUCAGCAUCCGGAUGGCAAACUGCGUCAAUUGAAAAAGAAGACACCGGCUACUUCUUCUCUUGAACACUAUUUCCUUCAACUAUUUCCAACACUCCCGCUUGUUCUUCAUCAAAUAAUAAGAGAGGAUCCCAAAUGGAAAACACUUCCUGCAUUGAAGGAAUUUUUUCCUGUGAUAGACCGUCGCAAGCGUCCGAUACAAACUAAAGCAUACACGAUGUAUCAGGUUAGUAUAUUUCAUGAUUGUUUUCAUUAUUCCUUUAUUAUUCCCAGUCUUAAAACAUGAAUUGGAUAGGAAGGAAAAAACUAAAAUUCAUAUUUGAAUGAAACUGUUUCUAGCUGAAAUUUUGGGAAAUUUACAGAAAAAUUAAACUUUGAAACUGUAAUUGAUUCACCAUACAAUAUACAAUACAAUUACAAAGAAAGAACAAAAGAAAAUAGCAGAUGGUGAGGAUACCUCAUGAAACCACUGGGCUUAUCUAGUGAGGUCCACUCAAGCCUCCAACAUUCUAGUAUAAAUGCCACCACGUCAUGUAGGCACCUCGCAAAGAUCAAGACAUUCGUCCCCCUGUUGGUCCAAGCCAAUCUGGUUAUUUUGAAUGUUUUCACGUGGGUGAUGGCCACAAGCCUUACAUAGAGCAGAUGCUAUAGGUCCUUAUUCUGUGGGAGAGGCUAGGAACAUGGCAGCAGGUUGGCUGAUAUCAAAAGGGCCGACAAGGAGUCAGACUGAAUUAAGUACACAAUUAAAUUAUACUAGAAUACGUUAUAUUGGUGUAAUUUUAAGUUUGCAUCAUCAACCUGCAAAGUUCCUGGCAACCUGCAAAAUUCCCACCUGCAAAAUUUCCAACCUGCAAAAUUCCAACCUGUAACCUGCAACCUGCGUUUUGUACCUGCCGCUAAUUUUCGAUUAGUGUGAGCAGCGACGCGAAUCAGCACACAAUAUUAACUUGUUUUUAUUACAUAAAAUCCCUUUAACAUUUCACGCUGAUAACAACUAACUAUAUAGUACUAUUAUUGCCCGCUGCCGAUCGGAUGGAUUCGGUGACAAGGUUAUGAUGGGUCAUCAUCUUAGCCCUGCUCAUAACAAAGCGAGGAGUCAUCGAGACCUGCCAACUAAUGGUACCUCCUCCAGAUAUAUUUUCCAACGACGAUAGGGGUUGAAGUAAGUUACCAUUGGUACCUCUUCCAAAAUAGGAACCUCCAACCCCUCGCAUGUUCGAAUUUGCGCUAGCGAGAACGUCAACCUGUCACAGCCGAACCCAUGAAGGGUGGCGUUUCUCCCUAGACCGAAGAGGCGUUACGCUUGAAAGAACGGCGAAUAAUAGGACAUCGUAAUCACGUCAAUAGAGAGUUUACGACGCGGCCGGCUCAACUACGCGGUCUGAAUUUCAGCUCAGCUCAAGAAUGAGCGCUAAGCAAUUUGAUUACUGCAGUACGCCCUGAUUAAUAAGUAUUUGACGCUUUUUCAAAUAACCUUACAAACUGCUAAAUUCGGCUAAAGCGAUGUAAUGUUUGCAGUAAUUUCGACUUUAAGUAACACCUCUUGGGUCGCAUUUAUCACUUAUUUACUAAGACCGAGGGAAACUGUGUUUGUGGACCUGAGACUGCCGUUGUUGCCCGAGGCGAAGCCGAGGGCAACAACGGCGGUCUAGGGGCCACAAAACACACUGCUUUCCCGAGGUCUCAGUAAAUAAGUGUUUUGUUAUAUAGUAUAGAAGUGUCAAAGUAUGAAUAAUUCACCGGUUAUUGGAGUGAACUUAAUUUGAAACCAAAACUGGAUGAAUGGAACGCCGUAAAUGUUUAGUAAAAAGUUUAAAAAUGAACUUUGGAACUUCAUGGUUGACACCCAUGUGUAUUGCACCCAUUUUAUUAUUGACCGGUCAAUAAAUGUUUCAUUGCGGACCGGUUGCCGAACAUGACGUUUUGUGGACCGGUACGUGACACGGUUUUGACCAAUCGGCAAACAGAAAAAUUGAACUUUGACAAUAACUAUGUAGCAAUAAGCUUUCACGUUGCUUGAAAGACGUAAUAAUGCUUAGUUUAACGUUGUGUUAGUUAACAUGCGCAACUCAACGAAAACGAACGAAUAUUCAGUUAUGUUAAUAAGGAUAGCUUAUUUUAUGUCAAGAUUACAAUUAAACAUGCAUAUAUCAAAACAUAGUUAUUGUUUAGCAAAUGGCUAUAAAUUGAAUGAAAACUAUACCGAAGUUUUAUUUAGUCUUUGCCUUUGGGAUGUGUUAUUUGGUUUUAGGCAUACACAUAUUUUUUGACAUUCUCUGCAUGAAAAGUGAAUAGCGAUGCAAAUUGCACUUAAUCUUUUAUUCUCUGUUUAUUUGUGUGUACUGAGUGGGAAUAUUGAAUAAUUGUUAGAGGAAGAAAGGUAUCUCAGCUUAAAUAACGAAAUAUAAACCAUGCAUUAAUUGAUAACCGCUGAUCUGUUACUUCAGCGUUUCUAUAAAUUAUUAUUCCUAGCAAAAACUGGAGCCCAAGCGAACAUCCAACUCCACGUAUAUAUUGAGGGACUUUUGUUUCCUACUGAACUUUGUGAGUUGUGAGUUUAAUGGUCCGGACUUUUUUAACGAAUUACAUGUGAACAUUUGUUUUGUAGUUUAACAUGCAUGGGCAAGUGUCGAGUCCUUUCUAAAAUAUUGAAUAUUUCAUAAUAGAUUUCGAAAAACUUAUAAUUGUAUUGUCCUUGCGAGUUUAAGUCCGUCCGCUGUGUAACACCAGUCGCAAAUUCAUGACGUGCUGUCAGCUGUCUCAACCAAUGAGAAUUAGCUCGUUUGUUACGUUGAACGGUAUGUGAUUAUAAUAUUCGUUCAAUACUCAGAAGAUAGUUCAUGAUGUGCUGUCUCUACCAAUGAGCAGGACAGUUUCUAUGCACUUCGACGAAUAGAUUGUUCGUUUAAUGAGGCUAUACGUUCGUUUUCGUUCAGUUGUGCAUGUUAACUGUUGAGAGUGAUAACGCCGUUGAGAAUACCCCUGGGACCACGAAUUAUUCGCAGUUUUUGUCUUGCAUUAAAAUUUCUUUGUUUUGAAAGCGCGUCGUCGAGCCGGCUGCGUCGUAGUUAGUAAACUCUCUACAAGGUGUCCCAAAAAACCCCGAAAACUAUUGAAAUCAGCAAUAACAAUUUAAUUGUUAGAAUUUGAAUGCCUUAGCGCUCUGUUGGUUCCCACGAGUGCAUAAAUGAUUGACAUAAGUAAAUUUUAUGCAUAAAGAAACUGUUUAAGAAGCUGUUUUUAAUUCCCAGGAGCAGAAAAUUGCGCACUUUACCAGGAGAUAUUCCUAACUAAAUUCUAAUAGAUGCACCUUGUCCAUAUUUUACGUAUCAUUACGUCCAGCUGUUUGGUAGGGCAUUCAAAUUUAACAAUAAGUGAUUUCAAUAGUUUUCGGUUUUUUUGGGACACCCUGUACAGGGUGUCUCAAAAAACCCCAAAAUCAUUGAAAUUGACGUAUUGUUCGAUAUUCAAUCCCCUAGCACUAAGUUAAUCCCACGAGUGCAUAAAAGAUUGACAUAACUGCUAUAAUGAAUGGUAAUACUCAGCGUAAACUUGUUAUGUCAGGCAUAAAGUACUAAACCCACGAAUGCAUAUUACGCAUAUUACAAUUUACGAAGCAUUUUUAAAUUCUCAUGAGCAAACAAACGUUCACUUUACAAAGAUAUUUUAAUUUUUUAAAACAAAUUAAUCACCCUGUCAAAAUCCUUUGUGUUACGGCAUUGAAAUUCGAACAAUACGUUAUUUCAAUGAUUUUGGGUUUUUUUGAGACACCCUGUAGUGUGACCUACAGUGGGCGACGUGUCUCCCAAAGGAGAGGCGUCACUCCCGACAGAGUGGCGAAUAAAAUGACAUCGGCAGGACGAAGUGUGACCUACGGAAGGUGGCGUUUCUCUCAAAGGAAAGGCGUUACUGUCCAAAGAGUGGCGAAAAUAUAACAGCAUAGUCAGCUAGCGUACCCCAUGGAGGGUGGCGUUUCUCUCAAAGGAGAGGCGUUAGUGCGUUACACUCGAAAGAGUAUAUCGCUGUUUCAAAUACUUUUAAGGUGGUUAUUGGAUAAUAAAGCAUCAUCUUGAACCUUAUUGUUGUAUAAUUAUCACAUGUUGUGUCAAUUAAGCGUUCCACAAAUAUUAAAUGUUCUUCUUUGUAUUUUUAGAACAAUGUAUGUAAAAGCAUUUGUUUAUUUUUUCAUAGAUUCGUGAAUUCCACAACGUUUAAGCGCUCGUUCCAGGGAAAAGCAAUGCGCCAUCAUAGAUGGAAAUGUAUACAAAAGGACAAUUCAUAAUUGUCAAUGUCCAGUGAUAUGCAACUAGUGAGAGUUGCUACAUGCAAUGCACAAAAUAUUAACCUAAAAUGGUAAAACGUUUUAGCUUAGUAAUAAUAUUUUAGUUUGCACAAUGCAUAAUCUUGUAAAUAUAUAUAUUAAUCAUAACUUAGUGACUGACAGAUUUGAGAAUACAAUUUCCAUUUAAAUACAGCAGUCUCAAUUAUCUAAUAUCAUGAUAGAUAAGAUAGAUAAUCCGUUGAAUGAAACCAUCUAGCAGCCAUAGCGCUGAAUUACAUGAUUUAUAUACAAAGCAUUUUUACAACUAUUUACAAAAUUAUUAAACAUUUUAUAAAAUUAUCUCUAAGCUAUUAGUACGUAUGGCAUUGAAAUACCAACUGUUACAAACUUACAAAUUUAUUAAUCUUGAUAUUAUGAAUGUAUCUCUAAAUCUAUUGGUUCGGUAUUUUUGGAUAUUAAAAGGUUUAUUAUUCCUAAGUUUAUUCCUAUUAUUACGAAGUUUGUGUUCUUCAUCGUUUAAAAUUGAGGCGAAGAGUUUAUUACAUAGAUCACCCCUUCGUACGUAUAAAGUCUUUAGACCUAACAAGUUUAGAGCGUCCUCAUAGGAUAGUUCAGGGUAAAUAAUACGUAGCGCUCUCUUUUGAAUCCUUUCGAUUACAUCCGACAGAUAUUGUGGCAAACGAUAAUGGAAGACCUUACAUGCAUAUUCAAGUAUCGACCUUACUGAAGCGACAUAAAAACACUUCAAAUCACUAGCGUCAAG